CCGAGUUAACGACUCCACCCGAAUUAACUAAACUCACUGCUGCAAAACCCGAAGCUCUGCUAAACCAAAAAAAUGUCGAGAGACGGAAACGGUGCGUUGCCGAAAUCCGUUGCGGCUGCAGAGAAAGAAGAUGACGAGGCACCGCCGAGGAGAGAUUCCCGGAAAUGGCGAGAAGAUUCGGAUGUAGACUCGGAAUCGGAGAGAAGGCACAGCAAUUCGAGGAGGAAAUCGCGGGGAGGAGGAAGCUCCGAUUCCGAAGACGGCGACAGGCCGCACCGGAGGAAGCGGAAGUCACGGCCGCGCUACAGCAGCGACUCGGAUUCCGACUCCGGUUCGGAGGAGUCCGAGUCGGAACGGUCGAGUUCGGAUUCGGAGUAUUCGGAGUCGGAGUCGGAGAGCGAGGGGGAGAGGAGGCGGAGGGAGAAGAGGAGGAGGAGAGAGAAAGAGGAAGAGAGGGAGAGGAGGCGGAGGCGGAAAGAGAAGGAGAGGAAGAGGCGGAAGAGAGAGAAGGAAGAGGAGAAGAGGAAGAAGGAGAAGCUGAAGAAGAAGAAGAAAAAGAAGAAGGAGAAGGAGGAGAGAGGGAAGAAGGGAGCGGUCACGAAUUCUUGGGGGAAGUAUGGUGUUAUUAGAGAAACUGAUAUGUGGACCAAACGACCAGAGUUCACUGCAUGGUUGGCAGAAGUAAAGCAGGUGAAUCUGGAGAAUAUGUCCAAUUGGGAAGAAAAACAAAUGUUCAAAGAAUUCAUGGAGGAUCACAACACGGCUACCUUUCCUUCCAAAAAGUACUACAAUCUUGAUGCUUAUUACAGGCGUCAAAUGGAAAAAGAGAGGAAAAAAGGUUUUAAGAAGGUCCAGGCAACAGAACGUACUGUUUUCAAUGAUGAAGAACAGCGCAGGCUUGAAUUGUUGCAAGCUCGUGAAAAGCAUAAGGAAGAGCAAGUGAUGGCGUUGAAGCAAUCUAUGCAAACUGGAAUGGCACAGGCAAUGAAAGAGCAAGCUCAACUCAGGGAGGAGAUGGCUUACCAGUACAAGCUUGGAAACUUUGAGGCUGCUGCUGCUAUCCAGAGAAGGUUGGAUCCUGAUGCUGCCAUGUAGUGGACACAACUUACAGCAAAUUGAAGAAUUAGGUGAUAGGGUAACGAUGAACCCGUCACCAUGAUGCCAACUAUGUGUCUUUUUGGCUUAGUAUUAGCAUGCCGUGGAUGGGUCAUUUUACGACAGAUGAGGAAAUUCAUUGUUACUGGCUAUUCUGUUAUGUCUACCAUUGCUAUUUCAAGAGUUUUACAUCACAUGAUGGAGAUUUUGGCAGUGUAGUUGACCAAGUGACCAUUUAAAAACUGUUGGGAGUUCUAGCUACGUGCAUGCCUUCAAAAUUGCCCAUCACUUAUCACUCGGACAUACGGAAAUUGACUACUAUCCAUGUAAACAGUCGCGUUAGGGAAAAAAUUGUUUGACCGCUCAUCUUUUCAAAUGAUCUUUCAUCUGAAACUUUACAUUUUCCCCCGUUUGAAUGAAAAUAGGGAGGAAAGAAUUGUUGAAAUGGAGGAGUGAUACAGGAUGGAAGCUGCAACAUUAGAUAUGCAGUUGCAAUGUAUACCCACUGAUAGUUGUCAACUUGCUAGUGGGGCUUAUUGCUUCCAUGGAAGAUAAUUGUUAUCAUUGAGUUGGAUAAAGUUAGCACUAUGAAGCGUGGAAAUGAAGAAGCAAGAGGCCAUUAUUUUCAUUUCCAAGUUUUCAAGGUUUAAAAAAUGUGUGUUUUGACUCUGUUUUCUAUUUUAAAAAUUAAAAAAAAAAAUAACAUCAAAUUACCUUUUUCUUGCU